AUGAAGUUCACCGGAAUUGCUGCUGCCUUCGCCCUCGCUGGUGCCGUCAGCGCUGUCGCUAUCCCUCGUGGAACUGUUUCUUCUUCCCUUGACUCUACUUUGAAUGAGCUGAACUCUCUUCUCAACACCGUUGAGCCUUCUCUCAGCAAUCUUGUCAACAAUGUCGAGACCGACCUUGACCUCAACGCUCUGGAAGCCGACCUUUCUCAAAUCAAGACUUUGAUUACAGCCCUCGUCGGUGCACCUGCUAAGCGUGAUGUUGUGCAGGGUGCUACCGAGGUUGCCGGAUACGCUGUCAACACUGUUGGCUCUGUUGCCGCUCCUGCCGUCAAUGAGGUCGGAUCUUUGAAGCAGCGCGAUAUCGUUUCUACCGCUGUUGGUGACAUUACCAGCCUCCUUUCGAACCCUGUGAGCACCGUUGAGAGCAUUCUUCCAUUGGCAAACAACCUUUGCAGUGGAAUCGAAAGCAACGUUCCUCUCACCCAAACCGUCGGCGAACUCACUGCUCUCACUCAGGGAGUUGCUACAUACGCCAAACUCCCCCUUUCGCUCAUCCAGCUUCCCACAUCCAACUAG